AUGGCAAGAUCUGGUGAAAAAAAGAGAAAGUCAACAUCAUCCUCUUCAACAACAAAAUCAACUCCAUCAAUAGCAGAAACACCAACAUCUACACCUCCAGUAACAACAACAUCAACAAAAACUUUGGAUGAUUCAUUACAAUCACCAAAAAAAUUAAAAUCAAAUAAUGGACAACUAACAACAAGUACAGGUUCACCACAUCAAAGUAGAUUAUCAUUGGGUGGAUCUACUUUGGUUACAAAAGAUAUACCUGAAAGUAUUUUAUUAUCAAGAAAAGGUGAAAAAGAAUUAAUUGAUACACCAAAAAAUUUUAUUCAAUUAAAAAUUACAUGUAAAGAAAUGUUUCAAAAUAGUGAUAAUCAAGACAUAGAUAUUUUAUUUUCAGAUUUAUCAAAUUUUCCAAUUAAAGAUGAAAUUACUUAUCAAAAAUUUCUUACUACAUCAAAUCGUAAUGUUUUAAUAUGUUAUUUUGAAGGUGAAAGAAUUUUAGAUAAUGGUAGUGAAGAAAUUUUAGUUGAUGUAACACCUUCAAAAAAUAUUUUAUUAAAAGCUGGUACUUCAGAAUAUAAUUUUCCAAAUGCAAUUGCAGAAUUUAUUGAUAAUUCAAUUCAAGCAGUAAGAUUAAAUCCACCAGGUAAAAGAGAGAUCAAGGUUACAAUCAAUAGACCAAAUUCAGAUUUAAGGACGACAUCAAUUAGAAUUUGGGAUAAUGGAUGUGGUAUGAAUAAAGAUGCUUUACAAAGAUGGGCGACUAUGGGUUUAAGUCAAGCAGAUUUAUUGGAUAUAAAUGGAAAUGAUAGUGGUAAUAAUAGUAAUGGUGGUGAAGGUGGAUCAGCCACAGGGGCAGCUUCAUCAUCAAAUAAUAAUAAUAAUAAUAAUAAACAAUUGGCACAUUCAAGUGGUAGCGGAUCAAGUGAAAAAGCUACAGGUUUAAUAUCUAGAUUUGGUGUUGGUGGUAAGAAAGCAGCAUUUUAUUUAGGUUCAGAGGUGGUUGUAAAUACAAAGGUUUGUGGUAAUGAAUGGGUGAAUCAAGCGAAAAUUUCAUUGGACAUUUUAAAUUCAACGGGUGAUCAAGAAUGGAAAAUACCAAUUAUCAUUAGAGAACCAUCAAAUGUAGAGAAAAAACAUGAUCAAUUCACAGAGGUUAUAAUUAACAAUGUCAAUAUGUCAUCAGAGAAUUUCCAAUCAACAAUGGAUUCAUUGGCUAGAGAUUUAGCUCAUAUAUAUUAUUAUUAUUUACACGAUGUUGGCGAACAAUCUCAUUUCACACUUGGUGAUAAUAAUUCACCACUUAAAAAACAAAAAACUUUAACAUCUUCAUCACAAGCUAAUGGUACAACUAAAAAAUCAUCAUCACAACAACUAAUUGAUGAAGCAAGUUUAGAAGAGGAUGUAGAUAUAGAAGAUGAAGAUGAAGAUGAUGAGGAUUAUGAAGAGGAUCAAGAUGAGAAUAAUAAUAAUAGUAAUUCACAAUCAUCAUCAUCAUCAUCAUCACGUUAUAGAAUUAAUUAUUCAAAUGAUAAAAAGAAUUCAUAUAAAUUAAUGUUAAAUGAUAAGGAUUUAAGUGAUGUAGAUGAUUGUAUUGAAUCACAAUAUAUUAAACAAGGUAAAAGAUUUAAAGUUUUCGAUUUCUCAAUACCAAUUAAAGACGCAUCAACUGGUUUAGCAAAUAAUGCAAAGGUGGUGUGUCAUUUACGUUAUUUCCCAUUUUUGAAUGAACAUGAAUCAAUGCCAAUACCAAAUAAAAUCCUUCAAGAUUCACCAGAGCUAAAUUUGAAAACUUGUCCAUUAUCUUUAAGAAAGCCAGGUUUUGAAGUUUUUUGGAAUGGUAGAUUAAUUUCAGAGGCACAUAUCGAUCGUUUAGGUUUUAUGUCCACUGGUACAUUGGAAGGUUCAAAAAUUGAAGAGAGAUGGGUACAAAGAGUAAAGGGUGCAAUCUUUUUAACAUCUCAUUUCCCUGUAACUCAUAAUAAAAUGCAUAUAAUCAAAGAGUCACCAGUUUUUGAUCUAUUGGAUCAACCUGCUGCAGGUGGUAAAAUUGCAAAACUUGAAUGGAAACGUUGGUUACUUCAAUGUCAUAAACUCGAUCAAGACAUUCAGUUCAAAGGUGCCAAAUACGAUACGGUCUCAAAUAGAACCACUUGUGAAACCAUCACUAUUCGUGGUUUAACAGUUGCCAUUGAUGACGCAGUUCAAAUCGCACGUCUUCAUAAGGGUAUUGUAAAAUCAAUCUAUUUCAUUGGUCGUCCAGAUUAUCGUGCUUCCGAUUUCUAUGUUGAAAUCGAUAAACUUCAUUAUAAACAAAUACCAACUGAAAGUUUUCUUUGUUCAAAAAUUUCUAAAAAAUUCUCAAAAAAUGAAUAUAUCACAUUGAUUCAAGCUUGUAAGAAAAGGUUACCUUCAAAAAUUAAAUUCUUUGAAGGUGAUAAAGCAAAUUUACCAAAGGAGGUCUAUUUAGCCGGUGAAAAAAUCAAAUGGGUCUCUUGUACACUCAUGGAUAGUCAAAAUCCUCCAAAAGAAGUUGAAAGAAAAAUCAUCGAGGAAGAAUCCUACAAAAUAAUGUUUAGUGUAAUCUAUCAACCAACCGGUGAAAAUGUACAUAAAAUGGAAACUAGUGUCUUCUAUGACUCUUCACGUGUUUCUUUUGGUGAUAUAGAUUGUUUCAAACGUACUGGUACUUAUAGUUUAAUUUUCGAAUGUAAUGAUAAAUCUGUUAAAAAAGCAACUCAUUUCGUUUCAGUAGUUGCUGGUAAACCAACUUCAAUUAAAGCAACAUUGGAAGGUAUUGAAGAUAUUAAAUCUUUAAAAGUUCAAAUUGGUCAACAAUUACCACCUCUUUUAAUCUCUUUAAUUGAUAAUGAUAGUAAUUUAGUAUCAAUAAAUCAAAUACCAAAGAAAUUACAAUUUAAAGCAUUUUCAUUAGAUGAUGAUGAAAAUGAAGAUAAUGAUUCUCAAACUUUAUCAUCAUCUCCACCACAAGAUAAAGAUGAUAAAAUGGAUACAGAUGAAAUAAAUAAUAAUAGUAAUAGUAAUAGUAGUAAUAAUAAUAAUAAUAUUAAUAGUAAUGGUAUUGGUUUAAUUGGUGGUAAGGAAAUUACAUUAAGUAAAUCAAAUAUAACAAGUGAAUUAGUUAAUAAUCAAAUUAUUGUAAAAGGUUUAGUAUUACCAAAAGCAGAAUUAAAUGACGAAUCAGAAUUAUUGGUAACUAUUCAAAUUGUUAUGGAUGAAUUUAAAUUAAGAAUACAACCUUUUACAUUGAUUUCAGGUGAACCAGUUACAAUGACAUUCACAGAGCAAUUAACAUUUAUAGAUUCACCAAAAGGUCAAUUAAAACCAAAUGUUGAUGAAUUGGAUGGUUAUAUGAAUCUAACUUAUUUACCUCAUUUCUAUGUUUUUGUAAAUGAUAAAGAUGGUAACAUUUGUAGAUUACCAUCAAAGAAACCAGUUUCAACCAUAACAAAUAGUACACAAACUACAGGAAGAGGUAGAAAACCAAAACAACAAGUUCAACAAGCUUCAGCCAUGGCAGAGAAUCCACCAUUUUAUAUUAUGGUUAGAUCGGAUAGUUUUGAUGAAUCAAUUUAUUAUGUUUGCGAUGAAAAAGGUUGUUUCUCAUUAUGUACUUAUACAAUUAGUGGUAUUACAAAAAAUCCAAGAGUUACUCCACCACCAACAGCAAUUUUAAUUCAUGAAAAAGUUGAAAAAGAUUUUGAACCUGAUGAACCUACUACAACUAUAACAACAACACAAUCAAAAAAUAAAAAGAAACAACAACAACAACAACAAGAACAAAAUUCUUAUUCAAUUGCAACAAUUAGUUUUACAUUAUUUAAAGAUAUGAAUGAGUUAUUUACAGUAUCACAAAAAAUUAAAAUUUUACCAUCAUUUAAACCAUCUUAUAUUACAUUACAUCCAUUAACUGAUAUUAUUGAGGUUGAUAAAGAUUCAUUUACAACUCAAGCUUCAGCAGAAAUUAAAUUUGGUAUAAAAAUUUUAAGUGCUGGUGGUGGUAAUAGAGGUCCUUUCUUAUUGAAUGGUUUAAUUGGAUCAGUUCAACCUGGUUGGUCACCAAAAACAUUGGAUUUCCAAAUGAAUAGUACUGCAAGUGAUUCAAUUGCCACUGGUAGUAUGGUGAUUUUACCAACGAUCGUUGCCGAUAGAAAUACACGUUUCAAUAGAUAUAAUGUUUCAGUCGAUAUUCCAUUGGGUAAACAAACGGUGAAACAAUUCUCUUUAAUGGCAGAGAAUAAAGAUCAUAUUAUCACAUUGAAAAAGGAUUUCACAAUUCAAACCGUUGGAGGUGCACCAUCUUAUUUCGUUUGUAAUUUGGGUCGUGGUGUUGGUGCCGCUAGAUGUGAUAGUGAAAUCACAUUGGAGAUUGGAUUGAAUGAUCGUCGUCAUAAUCCUGUCGCACCAAGUAAUUUAAAAUCAACAAAACCAAUUGAACCAUUCUUUGAACUUUCUUAUCAACAAGGUUAUAGCUCUCAAAUUCCAUGUUUCAUAAAGAGUCAAAGUGUUGGUGAGUUUGAUGUCGAUAAAAAUAUUUAUCCUUGUAAGGUAACCGUGGUUGGAUUUGGUAAACUAAACAUUAAAGUCAUUGAUAAAAGUCAACAAAUUAGUGAAUGUUCAAUGAAUUUCGAUUGUAUCGAAGGUAGAGCCGCUCAACUUUGUGUUAAUGGUUCAAAUAAAACUACAAUUCAGUGUAGUGGUGGCCAAUUAUUAGAUGAAAUUACAUUUUUGGUUUGUGAUACUCAAGGUAACCCAACCCGUUCUAUCACUGGUGUCGAUACUGAGUUAGAAUGGGUGGAUUUUACUUCACCAUCGUCUGUACCAAUCGAUAUUAAAAGUAGAGUUAAAAUAUCAAAGGGUGAAGGUAAGCUAAGUAAUUUAGAAGUUAAAGCAAAUGCUGAGGAGGGUACUUUUGUAUUACGUGUUAAACCAAAACAAUUGGAUAUUCAAGAGGCAUUGGUUUCAUUUGUUGUACGUGGUAAAUUUUCAAUAGUUUUAUUAGAUUCUCAAAGUUUACGUAUCACUCCAACCAAUUCAAUCACAUCACUCUCUGUUAUGUUAUUAAAUCCUGAUAAAGUUCCAAUGGUCGUACCAAAAGAAACAAUGAAACUUUUAACUGUAAAUAAAACUUAUCCAUGCACUGAAAUCACUUUCCCCAAUGAUGACGAAACUAAACCAGUCUAUUUAUUCAAUGGUGUUGCAUUCCCAAAGAAAGCUGGUCCAACCACUGUAACCUUUACUCAUAAUGUACGUAGUUCAAAGAAUACUAAAAUUCAAAUGGAACAAGUUUUAAUCGUUCAUCCAGAUUAUCCAACCAAACUUUCAAUUUGUGGUCAAAUUAAAUUUUCACCAACAACUUCAAUACUUGGUCAAAAAAUUGGUAUCAUUGCAACUGAUAACUUUGAUAAUACUGUAGUAGUUGAUGGUUCAAUUAGAGUUACCAUUGAAAUUUCACCAAAUCAUCCAAAUGCUGGUUCAUCCAAUAGUAAUUAUGUUUUACCUACAUUUUCAACUACUACUGGCGGCGGUGGCUCAAAUAAUAGUACUUAUUUAGAAGAAUCAUUUAAAUCAAUGGAUGGUGAAGCAACAUUUGAAGAAUUAAAACUUAGAGAUUCAAUUGGUACAAGUGGUCCAUUCCAAUUGGUUUUCACUCCACAUAUACCUUCAAUUCCAACUAUUGAACCAUUAAGAAUUGAAUUCUUUUAUCAAAAUCAAAAAGAAUCAUUAGAUAAAAAAGUUAAACUUCAACAACAACGUGUUAUACUAGGUAAUGAAAUUAGUGAUAUUGAUAAAGAACUUGAGGAAUUAAAACAACAACAAUCGAAAAUUUUAAAUGAAUACACCAAUUCAAAACACCAAGCCGAUGAAAUAUUUAAUCAUCUUUCAUCAUUAAUACCAAAUUUAAAUCCUGAAGCAAAAACUAAUCCCGAGACUAUAAAGAAAUUAAUUUCACAAACAACUCAAGAGAUUGAAGAGUUAACCAAUAGUAAUCGUCGUCGUCCACCUUAUCCAAAUAAUCCAACAUCUCGUGAACUUUUCGAAAUACAACGUUCCACCAAUGAUUCUGGUAUAGUUGGUGUAAUUAUGGAUUUGUUUUUCGUUGAUGAUGAACGUUUAGGUCAAUGUUUAGCCAACUUUUUAAAAUCUAAAAUGGAGGGAGUUGUAUUCCAAAACAAACAAACCUUUAGUCAUUAUUAUGAUCGUUAUAGUAGUAAAUCGGUUCAACCGGUUUUCUUUGUUUCUUUGGAUACUCUAAUACCUUUUACACCAAAGAAAAGAUAUCAAAAUGGAAGUCAACAAUCUCAAUACCCUCAACCAACUCCUCCAAAUCAAUUGGAUAUUCAAACCUAUGAUGGAGCACCAACUGCUGGUUUCGUUGGUUUCGUUGUAAAUAAAGUUCAAUUAAGAGAAAAACAUGAAUUCCUUAGACCAACACUUUGCUUCACUCUAUUCAAAGAGAUGAUGAUUUUCAAUACCCUCAAACAAGCUAUGGAAUAUAAGAAUUUUGCCGCUCAAAGAAAAUUCCUUUCACCACCAAUCAUUUGCCUAGAGAAUGGUGAGUAUUUGGAUUCUUCUGGUUUCGUUGAAAUUGGUAGAGUUCCAAACUCUAGAAAUUGGCAUCAAAAUUUAGGUCAACUUCCUCCAAAUGAAACACCAGAGUUUGCUCAAUUAAAAGCUAAAAAGAAUGUACUAGAGGAAUAUCGUAUCAUUAAACAUAAAAUGCAUUCAAAUAAAAAAGGUGCUGAAGUUCAAGAUUAUAUGAAUAAAAUAGAUGGUUUAAAACAACAAAAGAAAGAAAAAUCCGCACAAUUAUUACAAGUUACAAAUGAAAUUUCAAAUAUAUAA